GUGCGAUUCCGGAUUACACAGGUUUUACUGCAUUGUAUAUUUUCUCUACUGUGAAUAGUUACUUUAAACUUAUAAUUACUGUAUAAAUUUAAGGUAGAUAUCGCUAUUGUAGAAUCGUACGCGAAUUAGUCACUAGAGAUUUCGUUAUUUCCGUAAAGGGAAAAUUCCCGACAUCCGUCGCUGGUACAAAUUCCAUGAAAUGUCGUCGUUCUGUAGUCAUUUCUCUUUCUUUAUUCUUUUCGACCACGCGCCACACAUAAAAUUUUGCCAAUUGAUCUCCUUCUUGGUCUUGUCUUUCGGGUUUUAACCAUUUACUUAUUUUUCCAAUUAUUCCUCGAUUCCACGGGUGUUUAAUGUACUGUACAGUACAUUAAACACCCGUGGUUAGUAGUGUAUCCGGAGCGAAAACGAAUUUAUGCCUCGUUUCUUGCCUAUAUAUUUCUUUGGCCUUGUACAAAGGGAUGUGGCGAAAUAACGAUAAUUGCCAGCGAAUCGAACGAAACGGCGUUAUCGUUAUAUGACGUCGAAAUUUACUCGGAAGUAACCAUUCCUCUUCCUUCUGCGUAUCCGUUAAGGAGAAAUUUUAGUUCCCCUUCAGCACCGGACAAAUCUACUGUAUUUGUGAUCGGAACGGAACGAAAGGAGAAGGAAACGAAAAUGAGAAGAGAAGGCAUUCUUCGGGCGGAAGCGUUUCGUCUGAUUACGUUGGCGUCCAUUGUUCUAUUCGCUUCGGGAGCAGAACCUUCACCUUGUCGAGGUAUUAUCUCCUGCCAGAAAUGCCUGACGUCCUUUCCCUUUUGCGCUUGGUGUUUACGGACGGACGAAGAGGGACCCAACGCCUACUGCGAAGAUUGGGCGGUGGUGAAGAGCGAGUGCUCGGAAUACUUGUACCCCAACGGCAGCUAUCAAGCGCCAAGGGAAGAAGACUUUGCCGAGAGGACGGAAGAGCGGAAAGCCAUUCAGAUGAAACCUCAAGAAGUGUUCUUGGAAUUGCGACCCAAGCAGCCGGUUCGUUUGCGCGUGGAAUACAAGCAGGCGAAGAACGUUCCCGUGGACCUAUACUACCUGAUGGACCUGUCGAACUCUAUGAAGGACGACAAAGACAAAUUGUCUUCUCUGGGCGAUUCGGUGGCGGAAAAGAUGAAGAACAUCACCCGAGAUUUUCGCAUCGGAUUCGGUUCCUUCGUGGAGAAAGUGACCUUUCCUUUCGUCAACACUCUGGCUUUCGAGUAAGUGAUCGGAGCCUCGGGAGGGGGCCUCAAAAAACGUUUAAGUAAUUGUGUACUUAACACUAACAGGAAGAAUAAACAAUACGAGAAUUUCUCUCGUCCUUAUUGUUUUCGUAAUCACAUGUCUCUAAGUGCCGACACCGGAAGAUUCAAAAAAGAGGUGAAUGCUGCAAAUACCUCGGCCAACGUCGACGAUCCCGAAGCGGGACUAGACGCUCUGCUCCAAGCAAUUGUCUGCAAGGAAGAGAUCGGAUGGAGAGACAAUUCGAGAAAGAUUUUGGUGUUUUCUACCGACAACAAAUACCACAUUGCCGGAGACGGAAAGUUGGCGGGGAUUCUGCGACCGAACAGCGGCCGGUGCAGCCUGAACCGGGAAGGAGAGUAUUCCGAGUGCACGGACAGAGACUACCCCUCGGUGGCCCAGAUCGUCCGAGCGGCCAGAGAGAGCAGAGUCAACGUCAUCUUCGCAGUCACACGGCAGAUGGAAGACGCCUACAGUUCCCUGGCUUCCCGAAUGGAGGGGUCGACGGUGGCCGAACUCAGCCACGAUUCCUCCAACAUCGUCCAAUUGAUCCAAGAACAAUACAACGCCAUAACUUCGACGGUGAAACUGACCAGCAACGCCUCGGAUCCCGUCAAAGUCACCUUCUUCUCUUCUUGCCCCGGAGGGGGAGACAAGUGCGAAAACGUUCCGCCGGGCACCGGCGUGAGUUUCGAAAUGGAAGUCACUCUAGAUUCCUGUCCACCGGAUAGGAAUCUGUGGAACCAGACGUUCCUUGUGUCUCCUGUGGGAGUGGACGAGGCCCUAACCGUUGACAUAAGAAUGAUGUGCGAGUGCCACUGUGAGAACAGGGAAGAAGAGAGUGUGCAGUGUUCGGGCGAAGGUACUUUGGAGUGCGGAAGUUGUCUGUGUCGGCCGGGUAGAGCCGGAAAGAGAUGCGAAUGCAACGCGGAAGACGGAUCUUACCGUAACGAUUCGGCUUGUAUGAACCACAAUAACGUCAUAUGUUCCGGUAGAGGAGUAUGCGUCUGCGGUCAGUGCGUGUGCGAAACCAGAUACGAUCCCAACGAGAGGAUAAUGGGACGUUUUUGCGAAUGCGACAACUAUUCCUGUAACAGAUACAAGAACGCCAUCUGCGCAGGUCACGGGAUUUGCCAAUGCGGCAUUUGCGAGUGUUUUCCGGAAUGGACGGGAGAUUCCUGCCAGUGUGAGGUUUCCGUGGAAGCCUGCCUGGACCCCGUUACAGGGGUGAUGUGCAACAAUCACGGUGUAUGCGAAUGCGGAAGUUGUAGCUGUCUACGCAACGAAAGAGAAUACUACUACGGAACUUGGUGUCAAAUGUGUUCGGUCUGUCCGGAAAAUUGCGGUCUGUACGACUCUUGCGUGGGGUGUAAGACGUUUAAUUCAGGUCCUCUAACUCAACCGGAAUGCGAUAACUGUACUGGAUUCUAUCGACAUUUACGUGCUAACGAUAGCGUGGAAGGUAUGCAGAAGUGCACGUUCGUCGACGACGACGACUGCCGGGUCCACUUCUAUUAUCGACUAGACGAAAAGGAUACGCCCGUGAUUAUCGUUAAUCCUAUUAAAGAUUGUCCCGGAACCGUCGACUACUUUCCUGUGGUGUCGGGUUUGGUGGGUGGCAUCUUGGGUACCGGUCUGGCGGCUCUAUUGGCCUGGAAACUGAUCACUCACGUCCACGAUACUCGAGAGUUUGCUAGAUUCACAAGAGAACUGUACAAUGCAAAGUGGAGCACGAGGAAAAUAGACUACGCCUUUCCCUACGGAUUCCGAAAUUACUUGCCCCUGAGUCGGAACACGGGCAGGUUUAAAACGGAAGUGCAAAAUUCUCAGAUUUCGGGUAACUACGACGCCCCCGAAGGAGGUUUGGACGCUCUGGUGCAAGCGGUCUCUUGCAAGGACAAGAUCAAAUGGGGGGAAAAUUCCACCAAACUACUGGUGUUUUCUACCGACGCCGGAUACCACUUCGCGGGAGACGGAAAGCUGGCUGGAAUCGUCAAACCCAACGACGGAAACUGUCACCUGGAUGAUCGGGGCAAUUACACCGAAAGUCUGACUCAGGACUACCCUUCGGUCAGCCAGAUCAGGAAUCUUCUGCGGGACAACAAGAUCAACGUCAUCUUCGCCGUCACCAGAGAUCAGAAUCACGUCUACGAAGACUUGGCGCGGGAGUUAGAAUCGGCCACCGUGGGAGUUCUGGAGGACGACUCCUCCAACGUGGUCCAACUCAUUCGCGAUCAAUACGACAAAAUAAGAUCGUCGGUGAAGAUCAGGGACGAUUCCGCCGAUCCCAUCAAAAUCACUUAUUUCUCCUCCUGUCUGGGGAAGACGAAGAAGCAAACGGACUCGUGCGAAAACAUCCCCGUGGGAGGAAGCGUAAGUUUUUCUGCCCAAAUGCGAAUACUUUACCGGGUCGUGGCCACCGAGAACGUCAGAGUAUGCGACGAUGGACCGAUAGAUUGGCGGCGCCUCCCUAGCAGUGCCCGAAUGAAAAAUGGUGUAGUGUUCGAUUUGUUGACAAAAACCAAUCGACGUCCAUUGCCACGUUUAGCGGGGAUUCUGCGACCGAACAGCGGCCGGUGCAGCCUGAACCAGGAAGGAGAGUAUUCCGAGUGCACGGACAGAGACUACCCCUCGGUGGCCCAGAUCGUCCGAGCGGCCAGAGAGAGCAGAGUCAACGUCAUCUUCGCAGUCACACGGCAGAUGGAAGACGCCUACAGUUCCCUGGCUUCCCGAAUGGAGGGGUCGACGGUGGCCGAACUCAGCCACGAUUCCUCCAACAUCGUCCAAUUGAUCCAAGAACAAUACAACGCCAUAACUUCGACGGUGAAACUGACCAGCAACGCCUCGGAUCCCGUCAAAGUCACCUUCUUCUCUUCUUGCCCCGGAGGGGGAGACAAGUGCGAAAACGUUCCGCCGGGCACCGGCGUGAGUUUCGAAAUGGAAGUCACUCUAGAUUCCUGUCCACCGGAUAGGAAUCUGUGGAACCAGACGUUCCUUGUGUCUCCUGUGGGAGUGGACGAGGCCCUAACCGUUGACAUAAGAAUGAUGUGCGAGUGCCACUGUGAGAACAGGGAAGAAGAGAGUGUGCAGUGUUCGGGCGAAGGUACUUUGGAGUGCGGAAGUUGUCUGUGUCGGCCGGGUAGAGCCGGAAAGAGAUGCGAAUGCAACGCGGAAGACGGAUCUUACCGUAACGAUUCGGCUUGUAUGAACCACAAUAACGUCAUAUGUUCCGGUAGAGGAGUAUGCGUCUGCGGUCAGUGCGUGUGCGAAACCAGAUACGAUCCCAACGAGAGGAUAAUGGGACGUUUUUGCGAAUGCGACAACUAUUCCUGUAACAGAUACAAGAACGCCAUCUGCGCAGGUCACGGGAUUUGCCAAUGCGGCAUUUGCGAGUGUUUUCCGGAAUGGACGGGAGAUUCCUGCCAGUGUGAGGUUUCUGUGGUAGCCUGCCUGGAUCCCGUUACAGGGGUGAUGUGCAACAAUCACGGUGUAUGCGAAUGCGGAAGUUGUAGCUGUCUACGCAACGAAAGAGAAUACUACUACGGAACUUGGUGUCAAAUGUGUUCGGUCUGUCCGGAAAAUUGCGGUCUGUACGACUCUUGCGUGGGGUGUAAGACGUUUAAUUCAGGUCCUCUAACUCAACCGGAAUGCGAUAACUGUACUGGAUUCUAUCGACAUUUACGUGCUAACGAUAGCGUGGAAGGUAUGCAGAAGUGCACGUUCGUCGACGACGACGACUGCCGGGUCCACUUCUAUUAUCGACUAGACGAAAAGGAUACGCCCGUGAUUAUCGUUAAUCCUAUUAAAGAUUGUCCCGGAACCGUCGACUACUUUCCUGUGGUGUCGGGUUUGGUGGGUGGCAUCUUGGGUACAGGUCUGGCGGCUCUAUUGGCCUGGAAACUGAUCACUCACGUCCACGAUACUCGAGAGUUUGCUAGAUUCACAAGAGAACUGUACAAUGCAAAGUGGAGCACGGACGAAAAUCCCCUGUUCGUAGGAGCCACUUCCACUUUCCACAACCCGACUUUCCAGGACGAUUCUUAGCCUGGACCGGAUCUUCGUCGAGUCUUCGUUGCGGAAGAACGGUGUCGCUUCCGUUUAUUACAAUACGAAAUGUUUAAUAAGAUAUUCAAUAAAAUUCAUCAUUCAGAAA